CGUCAUCUUUAGCAUUCAUGGCUAACUAACAUUCUACCAUUGAAACAGAAUCACUCACGCGCCCACCCUGAUUUUGUAGGUCACGACCAUCUUAACGUAAAACUCUAAUUCCUGAAAAUGAAACACAAACGGGAUUUAAAACAAUUGCUUCAUCCCUACUAUAUUGUCAAUAUGUUCUUAAGUAUUCUAUUUUUCAUUACAAAAACUGUACCAGUGUUUUGUACAUGGAUGUAUGAAGAUUGUCAUAUUGACUUGCAAGAAUAUGAAUUGCUAAUAUGUUUAGGAAGUUUUGUUGCCUUACGGAAUAAGCGUCAAUUUUCUAUCCCUGAUUAUCUUGCCCACUUUUAUAUGUUUGCUAAAGUGAUUAAUCUUUUAAUGUUUUGGAAACAAAAUGUUGCUUAUUCUGUUUGUUAUGGUAUUCUAUGGUUAAUACAGGGUUGCUUUUUACAACAACCUGUAUACAAUGGACCUGAUAAAGUGAUGUACUUACGUGAUACUACUUUCGAGAAAGAAGUUAUUCAUGGUAAUCCAAAAGUAACAUGGCUUAUCGCCUUCUAUACAAUCUGGUCACCUGCAUGCACCAAGUUACAGCCGAUAUUUGCUGAAUUAUCUGAAGAAUACGGUUCAGAUUUGUUGAAAUUUGGUAAACUCGAUGUGAUUCGAUAUCCAGAUAUUAGUGUCAAGUAUAAUAUUGAUACAUCGAGUUGGUCGAAACAACUGCCUACGCUUAUUCUAUUCCGUCAAGGUCGUGAGUUGACAAGACGACCAGCUAUCAUAAAUACAUCGAAAAAAGCUAUCCAGAAGUUCAUUUUCACAUGGGAAAAUAUAAUCAGUGCUUUUUCAUUGAAUGAUAUAUACACUAGUCAAAAAACGAAAUCUGGUACAGUAGUAGCGAAUCAAUGUAAGACGACGGCUAAUUCAUCAGAUGAGGAUAAGAAGAACUUGUGAUAAAAGUAUAUAUAUAUAUAUAUAUGCAAACAUGACUACACUACUGUUAUGUUAGGUAUAUUUCUUCUCUAGUCUUUCUGAUCAUAUGAUAUGAUAUUACAUAAUA